AUGUUGCGUCAAAUUGGUGAAUUUUAUCACCAGGGUGAGAAGGACGAUACGAGUCGAGUAUGGAUGACGUGUUGGCAUCACGGAGGACGGAUUCUCGCCUCGUGCGGUGAUGACAAGGCUGUUAGGGUUUGGAGCCUCGUUGGGGAGCCUGACUCAAAACUGCAUCUGGAGUGUCGAACGACGAUCGAUGACAGUCACACACGGGCGGUUCGAUCCGUCGCGUUUUCUCAUGACGGAAAGUCACUGGUUUCUGCCAGUUUCGACGCCUCUGUUGUCGUUUAUCAGCAGGAGGACGGUGAAUUCGCGGAGGCGAACAAGUUGGAAGGACACGAAAGCGAAGUGAAAUGUGCAGUUUUCUCGAAAAGUGACGAGUUUCUUGCCACGUGUAGCCGGGAUAAAAGUGUUUGGUUUUGGCAACAAGACGAAGACGAGGACUUCAGUGUUUCAUCGAUUCUCCAACCACACACACAAGACGUCAAACAAGUCGUUUGGCAUCCAACGGAAGAUCUCCUCGUCUCGUGCAGCUACGAUUCAUCGAUUCGAUUCUAUCGAUACGACGGUGAAGACUGGGUAACACAACAGAAAAUCGAUGGAUGCCACGUGGGAACUGUGUGGAGUGCCGCUUUCGAUUCAGAAGGACAUAGGCUGGUGACAGUGGGAGAGGAUCAUGUUAUUCAGCUCUUCGUCCGUGAGAACGUCGACUCAAAAUCCGCCGAUCAAGACACGUGGAAAUCUGUCGCCCGCUACGAAGUGGAAAAUACACGUUGGCCACUGUAUUCGGUGACGUGGAACACCACGAAUGACGUCAUCGCGACGGGCGGUGGUGAUUCGAAAAUCAGAAUCCCCGAUUAUCGAGCAUCUCGGUGUCGUCGGACGACACGAAUUCGACGUGAAUCACGUCGUCUGGAAUCCGAAUCCAAAGUUUUCAAAUUUGCUGACGUCGGCUUCAGAUGA